AUGGCAGUCCCUCUAUAUCAGGCUGAACCACUUGGACCUGUGCAUCAUCCAUUCCACACGAAUAGCGCAAUAAAAGACGGUGUUGAAUCAAAAAUCUCAAACUGCUUGUUCAACCGCCUCUACAUGGGGUGGGGGUCGUCUGUGGAGUCCACGAUGGCACUAUUCAAAGUCAAAGGGCCCCUCUCUGAUUGUGUCCCACUACGACAGUUCACAUUCCUACAACAGCGCUACUGCUUCCUCAUCCGGAAGAGCAGCGUAAAAAGGCAGUCCGUCUGUAAGUCCUGGUACGAUUUACUCACAGACCCAGAUUUUAUAUUGAUGCAAUUUCAUUAUUCCAAUGUUUAUACACCUAAACUCCUCGGCGUGAGUAUCGACUUUGAUGAUCCUAUACCUGAUAUUUUCUUGUAUUCUUUUGAUCAAGUGCCUGUAAAAAUACCUUUACCAUUCCCAUAUAUUCCUAGUGAUCAAGUGACUGUGAUUGUUGAGGGCUCAUGUAAUGGCUUGGUUUGCGUCAGUCUUGAUGGAAGGUCCGCCAUUGUCUUAUGGAAUCCCGCAACAAGACAAAUUAGGCCUACCAUGGUUCCCCAUGUUGAUGGUUGGCUGAAUGAGGAGUUUGACAUAAUAGGAUUUGGUUUUUUACCGGAUGAGAAUGAUUACAAGGUGGUGAAAAUUCCGUAUCCAUUACGCAGACAGGAUUAUGGUGGAGGUCCCAUCCCAGUUUCGAUUUACACUUCGAGUUCAGAUUCUUGGAAAGUAAUACAAGCUGCUGUCCCGGAUAUGAGUUUUAGAGUUGGGGCUACUUCUUUCAAUGGGUUUUUGCAUUGGAUGGCAUACAAACAUACCGAGAUGGAGCUUAUCAUUUCAUUCGACUUGAGUAAUGAGGUAUUCCAACAGAUAGCAGUGCCCGGUUAUUGUGGUUUUGACUGCAAUAUCAAGAGGGAAAUUGUGGUUCUAAAGGGAUCCCUGGCUGUAAUUGUUUAUUCUUGGAGAGAUUUGGUAGAUAGAUCCUUCGAGGUAUGGUUAAUGACGGAAUAUGGUGUGCAAGAGUCAUGGACUAAAUUCACUAUUGGACCUUUUUCAACAGUAGUGUGGCCUGUUGGAAUUUGGAGAAAAGACGAGAUUAUCUUUCAAUAUCUGCACCAUUGUACUUACCAGCUGUUCUUGUAUGAUUCUAGCAGCCAAGAAAUUUAUUAUUUCCCCUCUCAUGGGGCAAUGGACUUCUUUAAAGUCCUUAAUUAUGUUGAGAGCCUGGUUCCUGUCAAUGGAGGGAAGAAAAGGAGUUCCAGAACAUGCUUAUCCAUGGCAGGUAUGCCCAUAUUCUUUCUUAAGAUGUUACACUAUAUUUACAAGUUCCAACAUGCAGCAAAUAUUAUGCAUUUCUAA